AUGUUCAUUCUUUUCUUUUAUAAAGGCACGAUUCUUCCCUACCCCCGAUAUGUUCGAGUCAUGGAAUUUUUCAUCAUCAUUCCAUUUGCACCGAUUGAAUACUUAAGGAUAAGUUGGGGUAGUCGAGGAAAUCUUCUGGAGAGUACGGCGUUUCUUGCUUUAUCUACAAUUUUAUCAGUUCCGAUUAUUAUAAUUUUGGUAUAUUUAGAGUUCUUUCAAAAUUAUGUCCUAUUUAUCGAAGAAAUUUUCACAUACGUCGUUGGAUUCUUCGUGAUUCUUCAAACUCUUCUAUCAUUGGUGCUCUCAAUAACUUUUUCUUCGUCAGGACAACCAGCUAGUGGCCAACGAACGUCAUAA